AUGUCCGCCACAUCGAAGUUUGAUCUUGCAAGUUUGCUUGAAAAGGAUGCAUGCACCUCCCAUUUUCAUACCCAACGUUUCUACCUUUAUUCUAGGGUUGUUGUGUAUGGUGGUGGUGGAUACAUUAUAGUUAAUAUGAUUAUGAAAGUAGAAGAUGGUAAUGGUUGUGAUUCGAGGGAUAUGUCCACCAUGUGUUUUGAGUUUUUGCUUGUGAGAGGGGAGGGAGAGAGAGAGCUGGUUUCGGGUGUUAAGGGUAGUAGGGAUCUUACGUGGGGUUGUUGUGGUCCUAUGGUAGUGACUAGGGGAGGAGUAGACGAAGGGAAAGGUUGGCUAUGGGUUUUAUUAUUUCCUUCCUUUUUUGAAAUGAUGGUAGAAACUGUUUUGACAAAGGUUGAUGGUACUUUUAGAGGAGAGGGUUUUGUUAGGAUCCUAAAAGGAUGA